AUGAGUAACGGGUUCCUUGAUUACCUAGUCCCUUGUGUUCGAGGUGGCCAUGCUGCUCCCGUCCGAAAAGCGAACAAUAUCAUCUUUGGCACUCCUGCUAACAACACCAACACAUAUAGCUCUGAAGCCCUCUACUAUCAAAAGGCCCCCAACGAUGUCUGCUCUGGUGUGCUCUACUGUAGCAUGGAUACUAAAAAUGGCCUUUCAUUUGCGACAGCAAAGCUCGACUGGUACCGCAAGGACACCGACCCCCGCUUCUACAACGACUUCAGGCCAAUGAGUUUUGGCGUAUCCAGCCUCACUCCGAUGUAUUCUCCCCUCGGGUAA